AUGAAUCACGAUCCAUUCCAUUGGGGUAGACCAUCGGCUGACGCCUAUGGAGAAUACAACUAUAACAUUGCCCAUGCAUCGAAUGCAGACCGGAGCACAUCGACGAACUCGGAAUUCCCAAGAAUGCACACUCAACAACCAAUGAUUACUGGUACCUCUGUGAUUGCAAUCAAAUACAAGGACGGUAUUGUGAUGGCAGCCGAUCACAUGGGAUCUUUUGGUUCCUUGAUGAAGUUGGACGAUUUGCAAAGAAUAAUACCUGUCGGCAAGAGUGCAGCUGUUGGUAUUUCCGGAGAUAUUAGUGAUUUCCAAUAUUUGGAGCGUCUAUUGGACGAUCUUGAGAUUGAGGACUCGUAUGACAUGGAGAGUGACAAUCUGAAAGCCGAUUAUCUAUCUGAAUAUUUGACCCGCGUGAUGUACAACAGGAGAUCCAAGAUGAACCCACUCUGGAACGCAAUCAUAGUGGCGGGUUUUGAUGCGAAGGGGGAAUUGGUACUAAAACAUGUUGAUCUUCUAGGUGUGUCGUACUCCUCACCAACGUUAGCAACUGGUUUUGGUAAUCAUUUGGCGAUUCCACUUUUGAGAAAGAAGGUGGACAGUGAGGAAGACGUCCAGAAGUUAAGCAAAGAGGAUGCGAUCCAGACUGUGAAGGACUGUAUGAAGGUUCUCUUUUACCGUGAUGCGAGAUCAUGGGACAAGUAUUCGAUGUGUGUCAUAGAGAAGUCGACCCAAUCUAUCAAGAUAGAGAAAGACGUUGCCGUUGAGGGGAUGAGAUGGGACUUUGCCCAGCAUAUCACCGGUUAUGGUAUUCCUCAGCCGUAG